GGGAUGUUACCGGGAGCGGGGGAUCGGAGGUGGCACUGGAGGGACGGCGGGAGCAGCACCGGGGGGGUCCCGGGGUGACACCAGAGGCAGCCCCGGGGGACACUGGUGACAUACCGGGAACAGCACCGGGGGGACACCGGGCCGGUACCGAUUGGGGAUGUCCCGGAGGCAGCACGGGGGGAUGCCCGGGGCAAUACCGGGGGGAUGCCCCGGGGGUCCGUUCCGAGGCCUGACCGGACUCACACACCUGUCUCCCGGUACGCGGCGGCGCCGCGGCGGUUCCGUGUCCGCCCCGCAGCCACCACCGUCACCCGCCCUGUCGCACAUGGCGGCGCCACUUGGUCCCGGUGGGUCCAGGUGAGUUCCGCUCCGCCCCGGUGGAUUCCGGUGGGUCCAGGUGAGUUCCGCUCGGUCCCGGUGGGUCCUGCUGGGCUCGGGUCCCGCUCGGCUCAGUUCGGCUCGCGCUCGGCUCGCGCUCGGCUCCGCUCGGCUCCCCUCGGCUCCUCUCGGUCCCGGCGGGCCGCUCCGUGUCCCAGCGCGCUCCCGUCGCGCGGCGAUGACGCAGCGGCGCCGCUCGGUGACGUCGCAGCCGCCCCGCCGGCCGCCGCCGCCGCCGCCAUGUUCCGGAGCCUGCUGGUGGCGGCGGCGCAGCGGCCGCAGGGCCCGGCCGGGCCCCCCCGCGCCGCCCCCGGGCCCGGGGCCGCGGCCGAGGCGCUGGAGGCGCAGUUCAGCUGCCCCAUCUGCCUCGAGGUUUUCCACCGCGCCGUCGGCAUCGCGGGCUGCGGGCACACGUUUUGUGGGGAAUGCCUGCAGCCCUGCCUGCAGGUGCCCUCCCCGCUGUGCCCGCUCUGCCGCGUGCCCUUCGACCCCAAAAAGGUGGAGAAGGCUUCCAGCGUGGAGAAACAGCUCUCGUCCUACAAGGCUCCCUGCAGAGGCUGCAGCAAGAAGGUGACCCUGGCCAAAAUGCGCUCCCACGUCUCGUCCUGCGCCAAGGUGCAGGAGCAGAUGGCCAACUGCCCCAAGUUUGUUCCAGUUGUCCCCACAUCCCAGCCUAUUCCCAGCAACAUUCCCAAUCGCUCCACGUUCGUGUGUCCGUACUGCGGGGCCCGGAACCUGGACCAGCAGGAGCUGGUGAAGCACUGCAUGGAAAACCACAGGAAUGACCCCAACAAAGUGGUGUGCCCGGUGUGCUCAGCCAUGCCCUGGGGGGAUCCCAGCUACAAGAGUGCAAACUUCCUGCAGCACCUGCUCCACAGGCACAAGUUCUCCUACGACACCUUCGUGGAUUACAACAUCGAUGAGGAGGCAGCGUUGCAGGCAGCCCUGGCUCUGUCCCUCUCUGAGAACUGAGGCUGAUCCUUCUCCCUGCCCCGGCUCCUUCUGCACAUUCUGGGAGCCCUUCGGAGCUGCCUCUGUUCCUGCUGCUCUCCAGACAAAUCCCACCUUGUUUAAAAAGGUGGAGCCUCUUCAGCUGUCACAGUGAGUGAGCAGAGACCUCUGGAGAGAGGAGCUGGCGCCGCUGGGCUGGGAUCAAUCCUUGGAUGGGCAUUUCAUAUCCGUGUUGGGAGCAUAUCCCCGUGUCCAGAUCUGUUUAUUAUUAGAUGCUUUUUGGCACACUCCUCCCUGCUCUCUGUUGCAACAGAAUAGGUGCCUGAAACUGAUAGAUUGGAUGCCAAACACCCUAAUUUGGGACUGGAGUCAGCCACAUCCUUUCAAAAAGGAGGAAGGCAGCACGGAGCAUCUUUUUUUAAACUCUCCAAGGAUUUUUCUAGAGAUGUCAGGCUGUCCUGACCGCCCUGUGCUGGAGGCUGGAGCUGCCUCCUUCACCUGAAUUCUGGGAUGAGACUGAAGAGUGGCUCAGAGGAGCCCUUGAGGAUGGCAUCCAGCAUCCAGGGAAACCCUCCCCUUCCUCGUUUUGUACCGGCUCUUGGAAUACCAAAUCCUUGUGUUUUUCUACACGAAGCAGCGCGAAGCCUUUUCCACGUUUUCUAGAGCGGGGUCAGAAGCUGUUCCCCUUCACACUGCAAUAUCUGCCACCUGGGACAAGAGUAUUUUUAUGGAACAUUAUUAAGAAAGUUUAUUUUUUACACAACCCAAGCAAAUGAACAUGUGGAUUGGGAAUGGGGCAGGAGCUGGAUCCCAGAGCGGUGGGUCAGACUCUGAGGUGGGGGGAAGUGCAGGGAUAUUUCUGGGCCAUUGUGGGAUAUUUCUGGGCCUUUCCUGGAUGUCUCUGAGCCUUUCCCUUCCCUCACCAGAGCUGUCUGCCUGUGAGGGAGCAGGCAGGAUCGUUGUGCCAUGCUGGCACUCGGCAGGAGCAGCUGGAUUGGAUCCUGGUGCUUGUUGCCCAUGGAAUGUCUGUCCAUGCAGGAUCCCAGCCCUGAGCUCCUUAUCCCCUCAGAAAUAAGGGAUUGUGUCUCCCUGUUGUAAUCCCUCCCUGGGAAUGGGGCAGUGUUGAUCCAGGGUGCUCCACAGCAUCCUGGUGACCCGUUCCCCCUGCCCCUUCCCCUCAGCCCUGCCUGCUGCUGGUGGAGUUGGCUCUGGAGGGCUGGGAGAGGUUGGGAGGGAGAUGAGCCUGAGGCUCCCAGUGCUGAUUUCCAAGAGCCUUCCUGCAGGAUUUUCAGGGAACAGGGGUGGGAGAGCCCCCUCUGCGUCUCCCUGCCUGGAGAAUUCCAGAGCUUUAUCCAAAACCUGGCUCCAGCUCUGCUCUAGCAAUACUGGCUUGGGUUUUAUUUUGAUUUUCAUAGUACUGGUUGAUUUUGGGAUCUGCAGCCCUGCGAGGAGUGUGCAGGGAACCCUCAGCUCCCCGGGCAGGGCAGGGAAAGGGCUGGAGCUGCCCUGCUCCCCUUUCUGGAGCCAGGCCAGCGAGGAGGGAUGGGAUCUUAACUGUUGGAGGAUGAUCCUGGUGGGAUGGAGAGCACUGCCAUCUUCUAGGAGGGACCCAGGAGCUGUCCUGUGCUCAGCUGGGACCCUCAGCUGCUGCUCCAUGAGAGCUCCUGGCUGCUGGGCCAGCACUGUUGACCUCGGGCUCCUUCCCUCUCUCCUCCUCCUCCUUCUUGCCCCACAGAGACAGAGCAGGGGCAGCAAGAGCUGCUUUUGUAAAGCACUUUAAGGCCCCAGGUGUGAGGGGCCACACCAGGCCAUGCCAGGGAUCCCUCUGAGCCAGGGAUCUCUCUGUGCUGAGCCAGGGAUCCCUCUGAGCCAGGGAUCUCUGUGUGCUGUGCCAGGGAUCUCUCUGUGUUCCAGGGAUCCCUGUGUGCUGUUCCAGGGAUCUCUGUGUGCUGUUCCAGGGAUCCCUGUGUGCUGUUCCAGGGAUCCCUGUGUGCUGUUCCAGGGAUCCCUGUGUGCUGUUCCAGGGAUCCCUCUGUGCUUUUUCAGAGAUCCCUCUGAGCCAGGGAUCCCUGUGUGCUGUUCCAGGGAUCUCUGUGUGCUGUUCCAGGGAUCCCUGUGUGCUGUGCCAGGGAUCUCUGUGUGCUGUUCCAGGGAUCUCUCUGUGUUCCAGGGAUCCCUGUGUGCUGUUCCAGGGAUCUCUCUGUGUUCCAGAGAUCUCUGUGUGCUGUUCCAGGGAUCUCUGUGUGCUGUUCCAGGGAUCCCUGUGUGCUGUUCCAGAGAUCUCUGUGUGCUGUUCCAGGGAUCUCUCU